UGACCACAGCAUUCGCAUUCGUAAAAUUCAUAACUGAAACCAAAAGCCUCAUAUGCGCUGUCACCUUUCAACGAACGACACUGACUUUUAGGGGCUGAAUCAGGUUGAGAGCAGACUUGAGUGAAACCAUGCAGAGAGAGACUCUGACGAUCAUUCUCCUUUUACUCUGUGCUGGGCUUCCAGGUGACUGUGGAGCAAUAGAGUUUCCAGUACUACAUUCUGAUAUAACCGACUGUAUGAAAAUGACAUGUGCCAGGAGUAUCAAUGCCUGUGUGGACACACAUGGACAGGCCCCCACAGAACAGCUCAAGGGUUGUGUUGUCCGCAAGUGUAGGAAAAUGACCAACCGUUGUGUAGAUCAAUUCUUCCAACAGUACCUGCCCCUGUUAUUGGCACAAAAUCCAAAAGUUUCCUCAAUUGUCGAACCAAAUGCCGAGCUUUUCAUGGCUGAAAUGACAGAUGCUUAUCUUGAAUGCUGGCUUGAGACAACAGACUCCAAAGUCGGAGGUUGUUUAAUGGACAGACUCAUUGAUAAGGCACAGCCGUUCAUUAUCCCGUUGUCUGCAUUGAUCUUUGAUGAUCCAGUCUUUGUGAGCUGUUGGCUCUCCCAUGCUUUGAAAGGAAUGGUAAGCUGCUUUGCUCAGCUAGAUGACAACUACAUCAAGGAAAUGAAAAAAAGGGCAGAGAGAGAGAUGAAAGACAAUAUUUCACGUUAUAUGACGUGCAUGAGCAAACCUGUGAAAAACUGGAACUGGUGUAAAGGACUCAUUGAUGAUCUUUUUGCUUCAUCACCAAAGAGGAAACGCCAGUACAAAGACUUCCUCAUCUGUUCAAUCCAGAGUGGGAUUACCGCAACAGCGAAAUGCUAAAACUUGUUCUACGAGGGGAAAGUUAUGCAUUUGCAGGUUUCCAAAGCAACAGGUGACUAGUAGAAACACUAGAAGAAAAAAAAGAAGUAUUUUGAAUUAAUCAUCCACAAACACUAAAGUUUGAUUAUACCUUGAAGAUCAUAAUUGUAUUGUUUUAUCUUUAACAUUUUCUAACUAUUUUUUGUGUAAAGCACUAAGACUGUAUUUUAUUACAUGCACUGAUAGACAAUGAAUAAACGUUUUAUAAAUCACAAUUAAAAUGUUCAACUUUG